GAGUACCAGGGUACCGUUAUAAAAAAUUCUUGUGAGUAUUGCUUGAGUGUCCCAUACUGAAAAUGUGAUUUCUUUGAUAGCAAACCUUUUUUAAUAGUAAGAUAAACUGAGAUGUCCGAAAAUAAUUUUGACGAGGAUAAAGAAGCCCCCAAGGCGAGAAAACUAAGCUAUUCAGAUGUUGGCUAUUUUCCAGAAUUCAGUAUCUUCAACGUUAUUUCCGUUUCAGUGGUAAUUAUAUCAAUUUUUUUUGUUCUAAACUCCCAUAAGGAAUGCGAAAAGAUUCCACUGGAAUCUGAUAGAUCAGAAACCGAACCAGUCCCGAAAACCUUCAAAGCCUUUGGGAAAAAUCUCGAAAGUGGAUAUCUGCACAAUGUUUACACAGUUUUGGAAAGAUUUGGAUUCGAACAUGAUCCCAACUCAACAGAUUGGGACUUGCUAUGGGCCCAUGACUAUCCGUUCAGAGUUUUAUAUAAAGAACUUCGUCACUUGAAAUCCUAUCAGAAAGUCAACCAUUUUCCUGGCUGCGGCUAUAUAACGAACAAGGUUGAUUUGGCCACAAGUGGUUUAAAGUAUAUUCCACCUGCCUUCAAAUUACCUGGCGAUAAGAAAAAACUCCUUAAGUAUAUUGAAGAGAAGCCGGAUAGUACUUUUGUUGAAAAAAAUAAUGACCAUAGAAACAUUUUAUUUCGAUCAAAGGAAGAACUGAUUGCAUUGGAAUCGAAUAGUACUUUUGUUCAAGAGUUUGUUGCUAAACCCCUCCUUAUUAAUGGACAUAAAUUUGAUAUUGGAAUUUAUACUGUGAUAACAUCUAUUGAUCCUCUUAGAAUUUAUAUCUACAAUGGGGAUGCUAUAUUGAGGUUUUGUCCCGUUAAGUACUAUCCUUUCGAUGCUAAAAAUCUCGAUAAGUAUGUAGUGGGGGAUGAUUAUUUGCCAGUAUGGAAAGUGCCAUCGUUGGAAUAUUACUACAACGAGCUAGGUUUUGGAAUGAAAGAAAGUUUGAACUCCUAUUUGCAGUCCAUUGGGAAAGAUCCGUCCAAAAUUUGGGACCAAAUCGAAGAAUCUCUUAGAAUUACUAUUCUUGCUAAAGAACAGCAGAUAUUGAGCGUUAUAAAUAAAUUCAAAUUCAAGAGGAACUUCUUUGAGUUGAUGAGAUUCGAUUUUCUGGUAGAUGAAGAUUUAAAUGUGUUCCUGUUGGAAGCGAAUAUGAGCCCAAAUUUAUCGUCAGCACAUUUUCCACCAAAUCAGCUAUUAUAUCAACAGGUGUUAUAUAAUGUGCUUUCGUUGGUGGGCGUAGGUCAAAGACUCAACGAAAGAAUAAAGUUUAAAUCCGAGCAAGAUAUGAUAGCAUCAUACAAGAAUAUAGCUGUCUAUCCUGCGGAGUGCAACAGUAUGCUAUGCAGGGAGAGUUGCAUGUCGCCUAUAUGUCAGUUGUGCAAGCCUUGCUUGUCAUAUGAUACCAAAGAGUACUUAGUGGAAGCUUAUAGGGAACAUAUGGACAAAGGAGACUGUAAACGAGUUUUCCCUCCUUCAAUGUCCAAAGUUAAGGUUUCAGAGGAAGACUUGGAAGGUUUGUCCCCAGAAAACCAGUUAAUGUAUACAUGGUUCAAGGGAAAAUGCUUGUUGGAUGAAAGUUGGUGUUGACAAAUCUGAAGCGACUUCUGUACAGUCAUUGCCAUAAAUAUUUAUACAUCA